CUCAUUUCAGAACCGUGGCGGCUGAAGUCAGGAAGCAGAUCUCAGGGCAGUAUGGAGGGUCUCCCCAGCUUCUCAAAAACCUCAAUAUUGGAGGCAGCGUCUCUCAUCACACAACCGUGCCACUUACGGAAGCAGUGGACCCGGUUGAUUUGGAGGACUACCUUAUCACACACCCCAUUGCAGUCGAGUCUGGCCCCUUGAGAGACUUGCUUGAGUUUCCUCCCGAUGACAUUGAGGUUGUGUACACCCCCCGAGAAUGUCGGACGCUUGUGUCAGCUGUUCCUGAAGAGAGUGAGAUGGACCCUCACGUGAGGGACUGUGUGAGAAGUUACACGGAAGACUGGGCAAUUGUGAACAGAAAGUAUCACAAACUGGGGACUGGAUUUAAUCCCAACACUUUAGACAAACAGAAGGAGAGGCAAAAGGGGCUCCCCAAACAGGUCUUUGAGUCUGAUGAAGCUCCAGAUGGCAACAGUUACCACGAUGAACAAGAUGACCUUAAGCGGCGCUCAAUGUCGAUUGACGAUACUCCCCGGGGCAGCUGGGCUUGCAGUAUUUUUGAUCUGAAGAACUCCCUUCCAGAUGCCCUUCUUCCAAACCUACUGGACCGAACCCCCAAUGAAGAGAUUGACCACCACAAUGAAGAUCAGAGGAAGUCCAAUAGGCAUAAGGAGCUUUUUGCACUACACCCGGCUCCAGAUGAGGAGGAGCCUAUAGAGCGACUUAGCAUUCCUGAAGUACCCAAAGAGCACUUUGGCCAAAGACUCCUGGUGAAGUGUUUGUCUCUUAAAUUUGAGAUAGAAAUUGAGCCCAUUUUUGCAAGUUUGGCAUUGUAUGAUGUUAAAGAAAAGAAAAAGAUUUCAGAAAAUUUCUACUUUGAUUUAAACUCCGAGCAAAUGAAGGGAAUGCUCCGUCCACAUGUCCCCCCUGCUGCUAUAUCCACGCUGGCCAGGUCUGCCAUCUUUUCAAUCACCUAUCCCUCUCAAGAUGUGUUUCUGGUAAUAAAGCUUGAAAAAGUAUUACAGCAGGGAGAUAUUGGGGAAUGUGCUGAGCCUUACAUGAUUUUUAAAGAAUCCGAUGCAGCAAAGAAUAAGGAAAAGCUGGAAAAACUGAAAUGCCAGGCAGAACAGUUUUGCCAAAGACUAGGCAAAUAUCGAAUGCCUUUUGCAUGGACAGCCAUUCAUUUAAUGAACAUUGUGAGCAGCGCUGGAAGUUUGGAAAGAGAUUCCACAGAAGUAGAAGUAGGCACAGGAGAACGCAAAGGCUCGUGGUCAGAGAGAAGGAAUUCCAGUAUCGUUGGGAGGCGUUCGUUAGAGAGAACCACAAGUGGUGAUGAGGCUUGCAAUUUGACCAGUUUUAGACCAGCUACUCUGACAGUGACAAACUUCUUUAAGCAGGAGGGUGAUCGCCUGAGUGAUGAAGAUUUGUACAAGUUCCUGGCUGACAUGAGACGGCCGUCAUCAGUGUUACGGAGAUUGAGACCUAUCACAGCUCAGUUGAAGAUAGACAUAUCUCCAGCUCCAGAGAAUCCCCAUUACUGUCUAACUCCAGAGUUGCUACAAGUGAAACUUUACCCAGACAGCAGAGUAAGACCUACAAGAGAAAUCCUGGAGUUUCCUGCCAGGGAUGUCUACGUUCCAAAUACCACGUACAGGAAUCUUCUUUAUGUCUAUCCUCAGAGCCUUAACUUUGCCAACCGCCAAGGAUCUGCCAGGAAUAUCACUGUGAAAGUCCAGUUCAUGUAUGGAGAGGACCCAAGCAAUGCUAUGCCGGUCAUCUUUGGCAAAUCUAGCUGUCCUGAAUUUUCCAAAGAAGCAUACACUGCUGUAGUGUAUCACAACAGAUCACCUGAUUUUCAUGAGGAAAUCAAGAUUAAGCUUCCAGCCACUUUAACGGAUCACCACCAUCUGCUUUUUACUUUCUACCACGUCAGCUGCCAACAAAAACAAAACACUCCCCUGGAGACUCCAGUUGGAUACACCUGGAUUCCGAUGCUUCAAAAUGGACGGUUAAAGACUGGUCAGUUCUGUCUCCCUGUCUCACUGGAAAAACCACCACAGGCAUAUUCAGUGCUUUCUCCAGAGGUAAGCAAAACAGGUAACACAAAGAGGCAGCAUCAAAAAGACUAA